AUGAAUUAAAGUAAUUAAAAUAUAGUGAAUAGACAUGGAUUCCAGUGCAAAACAGGAAUAAAUUAUUAUUAAAUUGGAGUGGCAAUUCUAUACAUCGGACAUUACAUUAUAAUCUUAUUUCAAACCUUAGAUUAUGUAAAAAUAUAAAUUCAAAUUUAUAAGAAUCAACUUUGGAUUUUGAUUACGAUUUUUUCAUUUUUCAACCUAAUAUUUUGGUUUAUUACAACAAAAAUAGAUCCUACAGAUCCGGAGAUAUAUACCUAAUACUAACUUAAGGAGAAGAAAAUCAAAUAUGAAUCUAAAUUGAAUUGCUAUUGCAAGGCUUGUCAUGCUUAUGUUCAUGCCUCAUCGAAGCAUUGCAAACAAUGCAAUAGAUGCACAGAACUCUUCGAUCAUCAUUGUGUGUGGUUAAAUAAUUGUAUAGGAUUAAGAAAUUAUAAAUACUUUUGCAUAUUAAUAGUACUUAUGGAACUCUAUUUAAUUACUGUAAUUAUCAUUACUAUACUUUUGAAUAAUAUACUCAGCUAUGUGUACAUGGGAGUCACUAUUAUAUUAAUGAUUCCUAUCAGUUUUCUACUAGUUAUGCACAUCUACUUUAGAUGCAAUAACAUAACUACAUAUGAUUUUGUAUUAAGCAGAAGGCAAAAGGAGUAGAAAUUAUCCUCUAAGAAGUUGCAAGAAGGUACAUCCAAUCAAACAAAUCUGUAAACAAAUAUCAUGUCCAGAAAUUACUUACAAUAAACUCAAUUAAACGUUCCAACAGCUAUUCCAAAACCUGUUGUGACCAAAAAGGAAAUUGAAUGGGAGUAAGAGGAGGCAGAUGUAGAGGAAGGAGACAGCUUCCAUGCGAGAGAACCAUUGCCCUUGCCUAGCUAGAAGAGUAGUGCCAGAUAACUAGACUCUUAAUGCAAUUCAGGACAUAGGAGGACUUGUCCAAAUACUUAAAGGGGCAACACUUCGGCUAUACAAUUAAAUGAACAUAAGCCAAUUAGAUCUUUGUUUAUUGUUAAAGACUUUUAAUAGAUAAUUGAAAAUUAGUUAAUGAACAGUGUGAAUGAAGGUUCCAUCAUUCAAUUUGAUUCAAAGCAUUCAUAAAAAACUGAUUAAAUUGAAAUCAAUAUGUGA